UAUGUCUUUUGCAUUUUAAUCAUAUUUGUGAAACAAUUCUAUUUUAAGUAAUUAGAAGAGUAGAAUUUUAUUCCAGAUAAUUUAUAAAGGAAAAGUAGUUCCAUCUGCGGAUAUAUUUAGUGUAUUUAAUGUAAUUAGGCUUUGCACGUUUUGACCCAGUAAUUCAAGUGUGCUUUACUUUUUUCUUUUUUUUAAGUAAAAAUUGUAAUAUUUCUUGAAAUAACCUGCUUAGUAAUCAAAAAGUGCAUACAUAAUAUACAUGGAUUAGUUGCUGCAUAAAACAUGUAAGUUGCAAUAAAUUAUAGUACAUAAUGAACGCUGUUGAGAGAUUUUCUAUGUAAGCUAAUCAAAACUUACUUAAGAUUAUUCUUAUGAAAUUGCAUAUUAAAAUAAACAACAAAGUUACUAACUGGUUCGAUUGCAUGACAGGGGUAAAACAGGGAGACAAUAUUUCGCCGACAAUCUUUUCCAUCUUCAUCAAUGACCUAGUGAAAGAGGUCAAUGACCUUGACCUCGGUUUUGACUUGGGAGAAAGAAAAGUAUCUAUGCUGCUCUAUGCAGAUGACAUAGUCAUGUUUGCUAAAACCAAGGAAGAUUUACAAAGCAUGUUAAACGUCUUACACAACUGGUGUAAGCGGUGGCGUGUCCUCAUAAAUACUGACAAAUCCAAGUGCAUGCACUUCAGGAAAGGUCGCACGGCACAAACUGAUCAGAUAUUUACUGUUGGUGGAAACGUUCUAGAAAUGGUUGAGACAUACAAGUACUUGGGUGUUACAUUUCAUUAUAAAGGUAAUUUCUCCAUAAACGCCGAGAUUCUUGCUAAGGGCGCGGGUAGGGCACUGGGAAAGAUUAUUUCGAAAAUUCAUAAUUUAAAGGAUAUUGGUCUGAAAACAUUUGAAAAAUUAUACGUAUCUGGCGUUACCCCCAUUUUGGACUACUGCUCUGGAGUUUGGGGAUACCGGAAAUUCCAGACUAUAGAUAACAUUCAACACAAGGCUAUACGUUAUUUUCUUGGUGUACACAGGUUUGCUCCCCUGAUUGCUAUUAAUGGAGAUAUUGGAUGGCUUCCCAGCAACUACCGUCGAUGGUUGAACAUGAUCCGAUACUGGAAUAGACUUAUAAACUUUGAUGACCACCGUUUAACUAAAUAUGUUUUCAAACUUGACUAUACGAACGGUCGUAGUAACUGGUGCAGUGAGUUAAAAGACGUUUUAAUCAAAUUAAUCCUAAAUGUUCACUACGAAAACAAAAGCGCCGUUAAUCUACAGACAGUAAGUGAAAAACGGAACAAUUAUUUCAGUAACAUAUGGAGAAACAGUUUGCCGAAUGUAUCAAAACUGAGGACAUAUGCUAAAUUUAAGAAUGUUUUUAAGACUGAGAAUUAUACACUGCUUAAUCUGAGAAAAUAUGAACGCUCUAUGCUCACUCAAUUUAGAUGUGGUAUUUUGCCCCUUAGGAUUGAAACUGGACGGUACAUUGGUGAACGCCCGGAGGAUAGACUUUGUUCAUUCUGUCAAUCACGUUCCAUUGAAGACGAGUGUCAUUUUCUUAUUAACUGUACAUUCUACAGGGAUAUACGAACUGAUAUGUUCAGUGACCAACUUAACAAAAAUAACUUUACCGUAUUGAGUGAUAGUGAUAAACUGGUACAGCUCGUAAACAAUUAUCCUCGUAAAGUUGCAAAAUUUAUUGUUAAAAGCUACUUAAAGAGGAGAAAAGCAAUAUAUAACACCAGAUAAAUUAAAACCAAAUAAUAUGAGUAGAAAAUUUACUUAUUUUUCAGUAUAUUUAUAUGUAUUUCUGUCUAUUGAGUUUAAACAGUAUUUAUUAGAUAUUUCUGUGUAUUUGCAUUUACAUUCAUGAUACGGUGAUAAGUGCUUGUUAUUACUAUGUUGUAGUAGGAGUGAUAUUUAAAUUAUUGAUUAUCUCUCUUUAAAGUUUCAGAAAAAUGCUCAUUUCAUGUGACAUUACGCAUGUUCUUUGUAUUACAUGGAUGGUGACUUAUAAGCCCAUUGGGCCGGGUGUGUUUAACUGUUAAAUAUUGUAUGUUAUUAUGUUUAUAUGCUCACACAGGUCACGUUAAUAAACAAAUUUCUUAUCUUAUCUUAUCUUAUUCUAGUUAAACUAUUCUCGUUCGAGCUAGACAUGAGCCGAGCAAAAUAGUGCUCAUUAUCAACAAUGUUUGCAUCCUGAAGAAAUGAUUGUCGUUCAUGGUUAAAAUAUGUACAUUUAAGCAGAUAAUGCUGUUCCGAGCCUAUAAGGCCGGAGUCACAGAGCCUGCAAAUAUUAUCAAGGAAGGCUGUCGCACCCCAGCGGGCUGUUUCAAUUGGAAGGCGGUGGUUACAUGUUCUAUACUUAAACAUUCUAAUAAAGUGUUCUUUUGGAAGAAUUUUAAGGUACGGCUCCAAUUCAAUUUGCUUUUUAAAAGAUGAGUAGAUCUUGCCUUUAUUGGAUAAUUGAAGUUGGGCUUGCCAUUGUUGUUUAUAUUGAUCUUGAAGUAUUUGCUUUACUAAUUUAUAUGUAAUUUUAUUGACAAUUUGGUUUUGCUGAUGCCAAAUAUCUGGUCUACCUAUGCUCUGGAGAAUUUCUCUUAUCUUAUUAAUCCAUUUGAAAUUUAAAUCGGGACGAUUCAGCAUGUAGAUAUAAAUUUUGUGUGAUAACUUGUCUUCUUUGCCCAAAACUAAGCGAGACCAGAAUGAAAUCAUUUUAGUAUAUACAUCAAUAUAUAUGGGAUAUCUCCCGAAUUCUCCAUAAAGCAUAUAUUUAGGGGUACUUUUACGAGAGAAUGAUAUUCUCCUAAGAAAGCUAUUUUGAACUCUUUCUAACAAAUCAAGGUUUUCAUAACCAAAUAUUUCAGAUCCAUAUGUCAAAAUUGGUGCAACUGUAUGGUCGAAAAGUUUAAUGGUUAAGUCUGGUGGCAAAUCAGCAUUAUUUGUUUUAGUAAAGAGGAGAUAAAGGGCCUUUUCAGCCUGUUGGCUCACAUGUUGUCGAGCUUUUAGAAACGAUCCUGAUGCAGAGAAAGUUAGUCCAAGGGUAAUCAGACUUUUAUUGUGCCAGCUAUACACUACCACCCCAAAAAAUGGAGCUCCCAACAAGAGGACACGGCGUGUAUAUAGCAUGACACUUUCAAAGCUGCUGAAAACAAAAAAUACAAUUUAAUCAUCAACUUUUGUCCGUUUAAUUGUCGUAGUUUUUGCAUUGACCUUUCGUUUCCUUUGACCUGGUUUUCUACCGUGCGUAUGCGGCGAGAUUCUGCCAAACGGAAUUCACCGGUACUAAGAUGCAGGGUCAAACGGCAGAUUGAGUGACGACUCCCAGGAUCUUAAUGUCAAAGUAACCUGCAAGUUGAGUGGCACGAGUUUUAUAUUUGUACAUUACAAAAUGAGUGGACAAUGUAUAUACAGUU